GUUGGAAACACUGCUUCCUCUUCUCUGGUUUACUUUUCAAAGAAGCUCAAGUAAAUUCCGUUGUCCACGAAAACGCGAAAAGGAUCUAGUUUCUGAGCGAGGCGGCGAGGAAACAUGAUGUGAGCAAAUAAACGGCCUGCGAAGAAGAAGAAGCGGAGGGCGUGGCGAAGGAUGCCGGAUCCCGGAUCGAGGGAUCGCGUCUCCAAGUAUUCGGUGAACGGAUCCGCCUGUCCUUCGACGAUUCCGCUGGUUCCUGGUUCGAAGACACCCACCGGCUCGCUCGUCCCCUCCGCCAUGUAUAUAAGUCAAAACCAGAUCGGAAGCAAGGUGCACAGGCCGAACAGUCCUUCGUCGAGAAAGGAGGUUCGCGGGAAUACACUGACCGAUCUCACGAUGCAGACUCUGAUUCCAUUGAUCUUGGCUCUUAGCCUAGCCUCAGGCACGCAGCUGAACCUGAUCCCAUACGCGUACCUGUCGAACCCGCUUCCGGUGUUCCACCAGUUCCAGAACACGAGGACAGGAGAGCACGCGUACAGCUACGCUGGCGGACCAUCUGCCAAGGAGGAAAUCAAAGAUGCCGACGGGGUCCUCCGUGGCUCGUACAGCUACGUAGACGCCAACGGAAUUCUCCAGUCAGCUUUUUACGUCGCUGACGAGAACGGUUUCCGGGUAGCUGCAACGAAUAUUCCUUCAGAUGACAACGUCGAAGCAGCAUCCCACAUCAUCCUUGCUAGAAACGCGGAAGGUUCGACAUCCAGUCGCAAAAGGCGUAGCAUAGAGUCCAUCUCUAACCCCAACGACAAUAAGCAAAGACAAGAAGACUCACAGAAUCUCCAAAAGGAUGACACGCAGGCUGCGUUGAAGGGUAUAUCGCAACCUCUGCUGCUGACCAACGGCAUCCCUCUGGCGACCUCGCAUCAGAGUCAAGUUCAAGUGCACAGCAGUGCGCGGCUGGAUGUGACGGAAGGCGAGGCCAAGGCGAAACCGGUCGACCUGCAACCGAUCCUGCCAGUACAGACCAUAUUGGGAGGCUUACCAGUGCUAGCAAGAGCGCCUACCUACCACGAGAACCGCAUAGAAUUGCACAAGGAGCUGGGUAUCGAGGGUCCCAAGCCCAAAGACGCGGUUAAGAUAGACGCUGAACCGUUGACAAUCCUUCGUUCUUCACCAUUGGUUGUCCCACUUCCUCAAUACCCUAUCCUGUAUUCCUCUCCACCUGCUCGAAUAGUCGAAUCUUCGGAGACCAGCGACAAAGCUGAAGGUAUCGCUGAUAUUUCCAGCAUCGUUCUUAAGGACAGUAUACCUUUAGCCUUGGAGAAAAAGGAUAUUCCAAUUUUAACGACUGGAAUCGUGAAAGAGGCAGUUCCUCUGGUACCAAUCGUGAAGGAUGCAGCUAAUUUGGCUACAGCCACGACAACCACGACCAUCACCAGCCAUGGAGUCAGUCAGAUUCAUGGGAACUCGAAGGUGAACGUUGAACCAACGCUGUUAGUUAAGACUGCACCGAUUGCUCAACUACAUCCGAUCGUCAAUGUCCCGGUCUAUCUUCAUUAGGCUGAUGGGUUUGGCUAAGUCGUCGGUUGAGGAUUUUGGAAGAUUUUGGAUGCGACAUUUUGGGAAACGUAUUGAUCUGUGAGACAAGUAGAAGCUUGGAGAUAUCUGCGACCUCUGAUCCAGGUAGAAACGCUUUUGUUAGAAGCGUGUUCUUCGGGAUGAUCGGUCGCUAGCGAGCAGUCAGCGAGAGUGUCGAUCGGAGAUGGGUCGAUAGCUCGUUCUACUGGCGCACGCCGUUUUUUUUAUAUUUCGUCACUUCAUUCUCUGCAUCGGGAAUCGCUUUAACGAUCGAUCUUUCGUUAAAUUAUUGCUCAU